AGCUGAUAAAUGAUAACAAAAGCUUAAUGUGAAUACUGAAUUGCGAAGUUUAUUUUAUCUACUGAAAUGUAUAUGUUGACAACUACACUUGUCUGUAAAAGCAUAAAGUACUAAUAUUUCAGUCUCAGAAUCUGCAAUGGGAGGUAAGAAGAAAGGCGGAAGCAAUCACAAUUUUGGUCGGGCGCUAAUCAAAGACAGGUUUGGUCGUAGCAACAGGACGUUGAACAAUGACUCAUUUGUAUGUAGACACUAUUGAGUUACCUAUUCUUAAUUAUUUGCCCAUUUUUUUUCAUUUAGUAUAAAAUUUAUUAUGGAUUGUACAAAAUAAUUGUUCUGUUUAAUAACAGCUUCACACGUCCGAUUUGGCAGAUGGAUAUGAUUGGGGCAGACUUAAUUUACAAUCUGUCACAGAACAAAGUUCUUUUGAAGAGUUUUUGUCCACAGCUGAAUUGGCAGGAACAGAAUUUACAGUAAGCUUCAUUAAAUUAUUUUUAUAUACAUCUAUUUUUAUGCAUUUGAAAUCAAAUACAUUAUAAUGUACUUAGGCUGAGAAGUUAAAUGUAGAAUUUGUUCCUGAAAGUCGAAUGGUUGGUACUUUGACAGACGAUGAACGAUCAAAAAUUGAAAAGUCUCACUUACAAUUUAAACAUUUUAUUAAAAUUCCAAGAAGGUAGUAUAAUAUCUAUGAUGUUAAUAUAAUACAUUUAUUUUAUAUUUACUUUUAUAGACCAAAAUGGGAUACAGAUACUACUACUGAAGAGUUAGAUUCAAGAGAAAGACAAAAUUUCUUGGAUUGGCGUCGCAAAUUAGCUGAGCUCCAAGAAGCGGAAGGUUUGGUGUUAACACCUUAUGAAAAAAACUUAGAUUUUUGGAGACAGUUAUGGAGAGUUGUUGAGAGAAGUGAUGUUUUAGUACAAAUUGUAGAUGCUCGAAAUCCAUUACUGUUCUAUUGUGAUGAUUUAGAGAAAUAUUCAAAAGAAGUGGAUAAAAUCAAAACUAAUGUGUUGUUGUUAAACAAGUCUGAUUUGUUAACUGCUUCACAGCGUAAAUACUGGGCAAGAUAUUUUGAUUCUAGAGCUACAACAGUAGCAUUUUAUUCAGCUAAAAAAAGUGAAGAAACUAUUGAAGAAGGCAAUGAACUUAAUCAAGAAGUUGAAGAAACUGUUAGUAAUAGAAAUUUUUAUUAAUAUAAAUUUGUAUUAAGUAUAAAAUGUGUAUUAUAAUUAGACUGAUGAAACAAGUGAUGAAGAAAUUGAUGCUGAUGAUGAGGAGUGGGACAGUGCAGAUUUUGAAACAGAUGAAGAAGAAGUAAUCGGAGAUAAUGAAGGUGAAAUAUUUUUAUUUUAUUAUUUUAUUAAAAUUAUUGAAGUUCUUUUAUUUUCAGACGAAUGUACUAUAUUUAAUAAAAAUUCUCCAAAGUUAUUAUCAAAGGAAGAAUUAAUUACUUUUUUUAAAACUAUUCAUGGAAAUCGUAAACGUUUGUCAGAUGAAUUGGUUACAGUAGGAUUAGUAGGUUAUCCUAAUGUAGGUAAAAGUUCAACAAUUAAUACACUUCUUGUCAAUAAAAAAGUGUCCGUUUCUUCUACCCCUGGCAAAACAAAACAUUUUCAGGUAUUUAAUGUGAACUUAUGUUAAUUAACAUCAUUCAUUUUUAUCAAAUAAUAAAUAUUAAUACAUUUUAAGAAUUGUAUUUAUUUUUCUUUUGUCAUAAAUAAUUAAUAACAUUAAAUACUUUUUAGACUAUUUAUGUUGACAAAGAAUUGAUGCUGUGUGAUUGUCCCGGUUUAGUAAUGCCUAGUUUUGUGUUUACUAAAGCUGAUCUUAUUGUAAAUGGUAUUCUUCCCAUUGAUCAAAUGAGAAACCACAGACCCCCUGUAAAUCUAAUCUGUUCGCAAAUACCAAGACAUAUAUUAGAAGAUCAAUAUAGCAUAAUGGUAACAAAACCAUUGGAGGGCGAAGACCCAAACCGACCACCCACUGCAGAUGAAUUUCUAAAUGCUUAUGCAUGUAAUAAUUUAAAUCUAAAUUUUAGCCUUAACAAAAUUUAUGUUCCAAUAUUUAUUUUGUUUUGUUACAACUAAUUUUAGGUAGUAGAGGAUAUAUGACUGCAAAUGGUCAACCAGAUGGUUCAAGAGCUGCCCGUGUAAUUCUCAAGCAUUAUGUUCAAGGGCGGCUAUUGUUUUGUAUUGCACCACCUGGAGUUGAUCAAACAAAAUUCCAUUCAUUUCCACCACCUGAUGAAAACCGUGCAAUAAAAACAUUUACUCCAUUUGAAAACACCCUUCUCAAGGUUUUUUUCUUAUUGAUUAAAAAAAUAUAUAUGUAUAUAAAUACAUAUUCUGUAUUUUUUAGCCUAAUGUCGCGUCUGGAUCAGAUUUAGAUAAUACAUUUUUUCAUAAAACCACAAUGGUUGCACACAGUAAAGGCAUGAAAAAAAUGGAUAUAAUGGGCAGUGUUAAUAAGUAUGUCGGAGAAAAAACUUGUACAAGUAGUGUAUUUUAAUUUUUUUAUAUUUAUAGUCCAGCUCAACAAGCUUCAUCAAAACCAUGGAAAAACCAUAAAGAGAAAAGGAACAAACACGAGAAAUUAAGACGUCAAUUCAGACAUCUUGAUAUAUAAAUUGCAUUGUUGUUUUAAAUUAAACAUUUACUUCUGAUCAAUUACAAUUAAAGUGUCUUAAAAACUUAAGAAAUUUGAAUAUAAUAUGUUUAAAUAAUAAUUGUUUACAACAAAUAAAAUUAUAUUUAUAUUACUAUUUCCUUUUAUUCUUUUUACUCUGAAAUCUAUCAAAAACACUUAAUGAUGUUUUCUUUGUAGAUUUGGUAUCAUCAAUGUUCUCUGUUGGACAUGCAUUCAGUGCUCUAACAAAUUCCUAGAAGAAAAAUAUCCAAUGUUAAUAUUUUGCGCGUGAAAUAUAAUUAAAAUAAAACAAUAGAUUUACCUUAGUUUUCUCUUCUAAUAUUUUUUGUUUUAUUUUAGAUGGAUUAGGGAGUGUCUUUUUCUUAAUUUUGUUUCUUACUUUAAUAUUUAUCUUUAAUGGUUUUACAGUC